AUAAUAAUCUGUGCAUGUACCAAGAAAACAGUGCAUUCUAAUUCAACACUAUAUCCAUUAUAUUAUGUUUUGUGCCUUCCAAACUUAUUAAAUAUUAAGGGAAGAGAAAAAUACUGUUAAUUUCAUUUAUUAGUUUAAACGAUAUGGAAAACGCGGAAGAAGUAUUUCAAUUUCUCGAGGAGUUUACGAAGCGUAAGCCCAAAACAAUACCACAGGAAUUAAACGAUUACUUAGUAUAUGUGGCCCGAACCGGGGAUUCAAUAUAUCAGUGGUCGCUUGUUAAAAGUUUAUUUAAGGAAAAGUUGUUGAAUGUAAUCACCGACUUCCACGAAUCGACGCCAAGCGUUGAGAUACCGCCGUGUCCUAAUGUUGAUCCGUUUAAUUACGAUAUAAUGAAAAAUAGUCUUAUAGAACGACUUGACACAUUUACGUCAGCACCCUUUACAGUACAAAGAAUAUGUGAACUUCUUACAUGUCCGCGGAAACAAUACAAUCGUGUGGACAAAUUUAUGAGAGCCAUAGAAAAGAAUAUCUUAGUUGUUAGCACAAGAGAACCUGGAUUGCAAAGAAACCAUGAACCUGAAAAUGGUGAGCCCAUGGAAGCAAUGGUAAAUGGUUCUGAUAAGAAUUCUGAAUAUAAUGUUGAUGUGGAGAUGGAGGAUAUGUCAUGGAAAGAGACAGGGGAAUCAAAACAAGAACCUGAACCUCAACCAAGCUCUUCUGAUGCUCAUAUUUCCGUAGAUGAUUUGGAGGCAAGAUUGCAAGCUAAGCAAGAUGACAAAGACAACCAGGAAAGGCAAACAACUGAAUAUGAGUCAGUUACGCCCCCUGAACUUAAUGUUGUUGAGAAUACAGAAAAACUACAGGGACAGAAAGUUGAAGCUUCAAUGCCUAGUGUUUUGAAAACAAAUGAUAGUGAUAAUACUGUUUCUGAAGCAAGUAAUGAUCAAAAAAUUGAUGUAGAGAUGACUGAAGAUUGUACUCCCGAACGCAUACUAGUGAUACCAGACAUUAAGGUAGAUGAUGCAGAAAUGACUGAACAGAAAAUACAAAAAGAAGCCCUUGAAAAAACUGAAAAGGAAAGUAAAGAAAAUAUAGACCCAAUUAUGCAGAUAAUUACUACAGAUAUCGAAAAAUCUAGUGAUGAAAGUAGCUCUGAUGUAACCACUAAAGAUGAGACUGAACCUAAGAAUAUAUCUGAAGUGUCUUCCUCGAGUGAAGAAAGUUCAUCUUCAAGUGAAAACAAUGAUGGUAAUAGUAACUCUCCCAAGCAAUUGUCAGAGGAUGCAACGGAGACGAUGGAUGAACCAGCACCCAAUAUAGAAAAAAAGGAAGAAGGUGACUCUACCUUCUCCACCACUCCAUCUUCUAAGGAAACUGAUGUCAUUUCAUCUGAAAAUUAUUCAAUAACCGAUGUUAAUUCUGAAAUACAACCUCCAAUAGAGCCUGUUACUCAAGAACCCACUCAAAAUCCUGAAGAACAAAAAGAGGAUGUGAAGAAACAAGAACUUGUUGAUGUUCCACUUAAUACAGAGACUCCAGAAGCAUAAAGUUAUAUUAUUCAAUCUAAAAUGAGGUUGAUGUUUGAUUAAUCUUACUGCAAUUAAUAUUUUGUUAAUUUAAUACAAAAUUAAUUAAAUGACUUGUUGAAUUAAACAAGUGGUAGACUUGAAUAUCAAUGACAAGUUAUUUCGAUAAUGAUAAUAACAGCGAAGUUUCUCAAUAAUUUUAAAUUAAUUUAAGAGAUUUGUCAGGAUUGAUUGUGAUGAAAACAUUCUCCGUUCUUGUUUUCGAAUCAGCAUUGAGAUAGGUGAUAAUAAAUAAAUGAUUUUCAAAA